AUGUUAAAAAGCGGCGUUAUUAAGGCUAACGACGGCGGCAGCGAUAAACGGGCCUUGACCCGAUCUCACAAAUACAACGACAAGGACCACGCCAGCAUUGCUGACGGCACAAUCCUCCCUCAUGAAAAUUUACCCAAGUUCUUUGCGAAGAAUGGCUUCGACGGCGUAGAUCCUAAGAAGACCAAGAAGAAUGGUGGGGGUAGAGCCAACUGGGGCUCCGCAGGAGAGGAGGUAGUCGAUGAGGACUUUAAUUUUGCCAAUGCUCGCCGCCGCUCUAACAGCAGUGGUUACUUGAACCAUGCGAAAGACUUCAAGACCAAAUUUGAGGUUAACGAGCCUGAGCCUGUCUUUGAGGAGAGCAUCCACGGCCCCACCGUCGACGAGGCCGAGGAUGACACGGCCUUGUCCAAGACUGAGACCUUGUCAAGCAUCGGCAGUUCGGUGGACGAGAAGGACAAGAAUAUCUAA